AUGUUUGGUGUUGUACACUACAACUUCAAUUCAGAAUCUAAUAUUCACUCGAUGGUUGAAGAUACUAACGAAAAGAAAAGCACUGUUGAUGUCUCAGUGUAUAACGCUGAUUCCAGCGAAGAUUUGGAUACAAAUACUAAGAGUUUGAACCCAUUUGCUGAUCCAAAAGAGGCAGAGAGAUGGAGAGCAAUUUAUGAGUCUUCUCACUAUGAGAACCUCAAGUAUUUUGAUCCAGAGUUUGAGUGGACCCCUCAAGAAGAGAAGAGAUUGAUUAGAAAGCUCGACUUUAAAGUGUUUUGCUGGGUGUUCAUCAUGUUUUGUGCUUUGGAUCUUGUCAGAAGAAACGUUACAAGAGCUAUUGCAGAUAACUUUUUGGCAGAUUUAGGCAUGAACAACCACGGCUAUAAUUUGGGACAGACUAUCUACCUUUUGAGUUUCUUAUGCGCUGAGUUACCUAUGAAUAUCCUCUCCAAAAGACUUGGACCUGAAAGAGUUAUUCCUUUUGAGAUUCUUGCAUGGUCCAUCGUUUGCAUAUGCCAGGCUGGAAUGAAAAAUCAGGCAACAUUCAUUGGUGUCAGAUCCUUGCUUGGAUUUUUGCAAGGAGGAUUUAUACCUGAUAUGAUUCUUUAUCUUUCUUAUUUCUACAACGGAGUUGACCUACCUCUUAGAUUAUCCAUCUUUUGGAUUGCAAUUCCUCUUUUCCAGAUUGUGGGUUCUUUGAUGGCCUCGGGUAUCCUUGAAUUGAGGGGCACACAUGGUAUGGCUGGAUGGCAGUACUUAUUCAUCAUUGAAGGAUUCAUCAGUUUCGGUAUUGCAAUUCCUAGUUUUUACUUAAUGCGUACCGGUCCUUCUGCGUCUCAAAAUAGGUUUACUAAGAAAAGAGCUCCAUGGUUCAACGAGAAGGAAACAAAAAUUCUCGUGAACAGAAUUCUUCGUGAUGAUCCCUCCAAGGGAGAUAUGAACAAUCGUCAGUCCAUCAGUUGGAAGCACAUCUUCCGUACUUUGGCCAGUCCUGACAUGUGGCCUAUUUUCAUUCAAGGAAUUACUGCUUUCAUUCCAUUCCAACCGGUGUCUCAGUAUAUUUCUCUUAUUUUGAAAGGUAUGGGGUACUCAACAUUCAUGAGUAACGUUUUAGCUAUACCCGGUCAAUUCUGGUUUCUCAUUAACCUUCCUGCUGUGGUUUACCUCAGUCACAAACUCAAGGAGAAGAGUCUUUGCGCAGGUAUCGCAAAUUUGUUUAUUCUACCCUUUGUGAUAGCCAUUGUAGCAUAUCCUGUUGAUGGAAACAAAUGGGUGAAGUACGUUUUACUUACAGGUAUUGUGAGCGAACCCUACACACAUGCAAUUCUAGCUGCUUGGGUGUCUCAGAUAUCUAAUAAUGUUGGUACGAGAGCCGUUGCGACCGCUAUCUAUAACAUGACAUACCAGGUUGGUAGUAUCAUUGCUGCCAACAUUUACCAGCAGGAUGAUAAACCUUAUUAUAAGAAGGGUAACCAGGCCAUCUUAGGUAUUUGUUGUUUCAACAUUGCGAUGGCUAUUUUCACCAAAUUCUACUAUAUGCUGAGAAAUAAACAGAAGGCUGCUGUUUGGAAUGCUUUGAGUCCUGAAGAACAAAAAAUCUACAAGGAAACAACCACGGAUAUUGGCUUCAACAGACUCGACUUCCAGUUUGUUCACUGA